UCUUCCAGCCGCCGAGACCUAGAAAGAAGAACACCGCAUCUCUUUGGAAAAAGAAGAACAGAUUGUCAGUAAUAUAAUGGACACUCAGAUCAAACAUGCUGUUGUGAUUAAAGUGAUGGGGCGUACUGGUUCAAGGGGUCAAGUUACUCAAGUUAGGGUUAAGUUUCUUGACGAUCAAAACCGAUAUAUUAUGAGGAAUGUGAAGGGACCUGUGAGGGAAGGUGAUGUGCUUACUCUUCUUGAAUCUGAGAGAGAAGCAAGAAGAUUGCGUUGAUCUAUCUAUCUAUGACCCUCUUGUGUUUCUUUCUAUCAAUCAUUCUGGUAUUGUGAUUAUCAAGUAUUUGAUUGUUUAGGGUUUUGAUUAUGAAAGAUUUGAUUUUUAAGUUUUCAAGUUUAAGAUUGUUUUGGAUUUUAUUAUAAUAUGUUAUUCUUAGAGUUA